AUGUCCCAAGACGACAUCGAGUGGCGCUUCAACCCUCCUGAUGGGCCACAUAUGGGCGGCUGCUGGGAGCGCUUGGUGGCCUCCGUGAAGCGGGCUGUUCGCGUGGUUAUUGGUCGCGGGUGCGUCUCAGACGAAGUGCUGGCUACGGUCAUCGCCGAAGUAGAGUUUAUGCUGAAUAGCAGACCACUCACCUACGUCAGCACCGAUACCGGCGACCCUUUAGCACUGACUCCGAACCAUCUCCUCCUCGGCCGCGACGACCCCUGUCUGCCUCCCAGCCUGUUCUCUAAUGAGAGUUCCAACCUCAGACGGCGCUGGAAGCAAGCGCAGCAGAUAGCUGAACACUUCUGGAGGAGGUGGUCAAAGGAGUACCUUCCCACACUGAUGAGACGUGAGAAGUGGAUCCGAGACACGCCCCCGUUCGCAGUCGGAGAUGUGGUCCUCAUCGCUGAGGACUACGCUCCUCGGGGGCGCUGGCCGAUCGCCCGUGUCAGCCAGCUGUUUCCGGGACCUGACGGCCGCGUGCGCUCGGUUGAGCUGAAGACAGGAUCCGGGACCUGUGUGCGCCCCGUGGUCAAGCUCUGCCGUCUCGAAGAAGCAUGCUGA